AUGUGGACUCAUAGCUCGACGUGGACGAGCAUAGAGCGGUUACUCUGCUCCUUUCUUUCGCUAUUUCCCAAAGUGUUCGUCACUUCUCUCAUGACUUGGGCUCUUUGGGCAAUCACCUCCCAGCUACAUACCUUGAGCUACAAGAAUACUGCCCUCGCCAUAGCAUACGUCUUAUAUGGAUUGAGCAUAUUCACUUACUUCCGUGUAAUAUACGAGGGACCGGGAACGCCAUACGAUUUCCCAGAGCUACGACUACCGCCCGAAUCGGAGCCAUCAUACAACAAUAAUGAAUAUCAACACCCAUACACGCUAGAGAACUCUGGACCCGUCGUGCCUCCUACAGAACUCUACACGACUCAUACGUUCAAGGAUCAUCAAUUAUCAUAUCAUCUGUGCCGCACUUGCAACACUUGGAAGCCGGAUAGGUGUCAUCAUUGUAAGACUUGCAAGAGCUGUAUAUUGAAGAUGGACCACCACUGUCCAUGGUUUGCUUGUUGCAUUGGCUUCCGGAAUCAUAAAUUUUUCAUUCAAUCGUUAUGCUACAUUACUUCGUUUUGCGGUUGGCUCCUAUUGCUUUCAGGACAUGAGCUUUACAGGUUUUUCGCUGACCAAGAUUUCGAUUUGCACUCGUAUCUUCUGUUGAACUUGGUGUUUGUGGUAGUGCUUUCUUUCACCUUUUUCAUUGCAGUUGGCGUCUUUACAGCUUUUCUGGUGUAUCUUCUACUUCGCAACUACACCACCAUAGAAUUUCAAAAUGAGAAGUGGAAUUACUCCAAAGAAAACGAAGCACAAUACGAGUUCGAUUCUCGGGGAAAGAGGAGAAAACUAGGUCACAUCUACGACUUGGGGCUGAAGAACAAUUUGCGUGCGGUAAUGGGCGACAGUUGGGCAGCUUGGGUAUUGCCCAUAAAGGUCACGAGCAUGUCGCUAGCACCAGGACAGAGAAACGGCAUCAACUUUGAAGUCAACGAGGCUACCUUUGAGAAGCUUUGUAAUAAUGCUAAACUCCAGGAACAGCUCGAUCGGCAGCUCGCCGAAUACAGGGAUAGACUUCGGGGAAGUGAUGAAUGA